AUGGCGUGCCCGCACCUUGAGUCCAUAGCUCUGCAGCCGCCGGCGCCCUUCCACUCCGUCUAUCGGGAAGACUGUACCCAGUGCUUCGACUCUAUUGACGACCCUGCCGGUGUCGAUGUCUGCCUCCAGUGCUUCAACGGCGGUUGCGCCGGCGACCGUAACCAUGCUCAGCUCCACAAACAACUCUGGAACCACCCCCUCGUCCUCAACAUCCGCCGCACUCGCAAAGUCGUUGUCCGAGAUGAGCCCCCCUUGAAGAUGUCCAAGCUUGCCAUCGCUGCCGAAACUGAGGCCGACCGAUACGAUACCAAGACCACUGUCAAGUGCCUCGACUGCAACCAGGACCUGGACCAGUCCAGCGACAAGCUUGCACCCAUCAUCGAUGGCAUCAUGAAGGCCAACACAUUCUCGCGCAAGGAAGAGGUCAAGGCCUGGGAGCAGGAGCUGACCAGCUGCGAGCACAUCCUCUUGAUGCAACAGACCGAGUCCCGAACGAUCCAGUCUGGCGACCUCGGACACUGCUCCGCCUGCGACUUACACGAGAACCUGUGGCUUUGCCUAGAGUGUGGAAACCUGGGCUGUGGACGGAAGCAGAUGGGCGGCGUUGACGGCAACUCUCAUGCACUCGCUCACUCGGACCAGUCCGGUCAUGGCGUCGCAGUCAAGCUCGGAUCCAUCACACCUGAGGGAACGGCCGACGUUUACUGCUACAAGUGUGACGAGGAGCGAAUCGACGGAGACCUUGGCCAGCACUUGGCCCACUGGGGCAUCAACCUGGCGAACCAGCAAAAGACGGAGAAGAGCUUGACGGAGAUGCAGAUCGAGCAGAACCUGCGCUGGGACUUUAGCAUGACCACCGAGGACGGCAAAGAAUUGAAGCCUCUGUUUGGUCCCGCCUUGACCGGCCUCAAGAACCUGGGAAACAGUUGCUACCUCGCUAGCAUCAUUCAGUGUCUCUUCGAUACCCCCGCCUUCAAGAACCGCUACUACUUGCCCGAUCGCGACCUUCCCAACGUCCAGGAGCCCGCAGCGGACUUGGAGACUCAGCUUCGCAAGAUGGCCGAUGGCCUGCUCUCCGGUCGAUACUCGAAGCCUGACUCGGAUGUUGCCGCCUCUGAGCACUCUCCCGAGAUCUCACACCAGAAAGGCUUGGCUCCAGCCAUGCUGAAGCAUUUGAUUGGCAGAGGCCAUGCUGAGUUCUCGACCAUGCGCCAGCAAGACGCUUUCGAGUUGCUGCAGCACGUCUUCAAGCUCAUCUCUCGCUCUCAGCACCCCUCGGACCUGGGUGAUCCCACUUUGCCUUUCCGUUUCACUCUGGAACAACGCCUACAGUGUCUUGGUUGCAAGAAGGUGAGAUACUCGACUAAUGAGCAGGACAACAUCUUCAUCGACGUUCCUCUAGAGAAAGAGCCGGUCGCCGAGGGCGCGGAGACCCACGCAGACGCAUACAAAGCUGUGACCCUCAAGGAAUGUCUCGAUAACUUUACGGCUGAGGAGGUGGUUGAGUUGACUUGCUCCUCCUGCGGCAGCAAGGAUGGGUACACGAAACGCUCUCUGUUCAAGACUCUGCCAGAGAACCUGGUCGUCAAUGCCAGAAAGAUGGCGGUCAUCAACUGGGUGCCCGUCAAGAUUGAUGUUCCUGUCAUCGUGCCCGAUGAACCCUUCCUCCUUGACGACUACCUCUCUAAGGGUCUGCAGGCUUCAGAGGAGACUCUCCCUGACGAGCCCGAGAACAGCGCCCCGGCGUUCGUCGCCAACCCGGAGGCCGUCAGCCAGUUGGAAGCCAUGGGCUUCGGCCGUAACCGUUGCGACCGAGCCUUGCAUGCCACUGGAAACUCGGACGCCAACGCAGCCAUGGAGUGGCUGUUUGCGCACAUGGAGGAUCCUGACAUCGACGAGCCUCUUGUCCUGAGUGGCGGUGCUGCUGCGGGCGGAGGCUCGGCCGACCCGGAGAAGAUUGAGAUGCUGGGCGCCAUGGGCUUCUCUGUGCCGCAGGCGAAGAAGGCUUUGCGUGAGACCAGCGGUGAUAUGGAGCGCGCGGUCGAAUGGCUCUUCAGUCAUCCAGAGGACCAGGGUAUCUUUGAUGAUGACGCUCCGGCUGCCGGAUCCGAGUCCGCCGCCUCCAAGAGCGAGGCCGGCACUUCAGCGACCCCUGCCAAGUACCAGCUUCAGUCAAUUGCAUGCCACAAGGGCACCAGCAUCCAUGCUGGACACUACGUCGCUUUCAUCCGCAAGGAGAUUAACGGACAAUCCCAGUGGGUGCUUUUCAACGACGAAAAGGUUGUCGAGGCAGGCGAGAUUGAGGAGAUGAGAAAGUUUGCCUACGUCUACUUCUUCAAGCGGGUUUAG